GAGGAAACUAUUUUGAUGCGUAAACUAGUUCACGUCCAAUUAUCCAGUCCUUGUGCUUGGCUAUCAGGAUUUGAGACUAUGGGUCCUCAUCUUUCAUCGAAUUAAUGUGUGAACGCACAGUCAUUCCAUCACUGAGCCACAGGCACUAUUCUAGUUCUACGUCGAAAGUAUGGAUCUGUCCACUGUUGGUCAACAACUCGACCACGACUCUUAUACGUACAAUCGCUUGCUACACUCUACGCCCGAACAUCUGUACCUUACCACGCGUCGUGCAUUUAUAGGACCUAUACCCGAAGGCUGGCUCCGUAGCCAUCGCAGAGACUGGUACAGGCAUCACCUACGUCUAAACUAUUCUUCGAAAUCGGCGUCCUUUACAGCGAGAGAAGGAACAAGCAGACAGAAGAGGUUGACAGGGUUGCAGGAUGGUCCGAGUCCAAGUGCUCUAUACAAGGCCAGCUUUCCACAGCCAGAAGAGCUCGUGAAUGAAGACGAGGAUGAGGCUGAUGACGUAAACGAGGAGGGAAGACAGACUGGGACGAGAACGGCUCAACCACCUGCUAUUUCUAUACCUAGGAACGGAAAAAACGGGGAAGAGGAAUUGUCUGGCGCAGAACGAACUAGAACAGGCGCUUCUGUCAGUGACAGACAAGUGGAGGACGAGCUUGUGCUGCUUGAUGGGACGCGCAGUCCACCAAACGCCGACGUGCGUGACAUCACGAACCAGCAAGAGAGAUUACUGAAACCUCCGUCUCCAAGGCAAGCUCGGCACAGGUCAAAAUCACCUCCGACCGCAAAUCCUGAGUACAACAUACCAAGUCCGAAGAAGUCCGAUAGCAUGCGGAGGGAGAACGAAGCUUCAGAUUCGUUAAGGAUACACUCUGUAUCUAGCAGGAAUGACACAAUAAAUUCUCAUGGUGCUGAGGGCUCACCAGGUGCUGAUGCAUCGACAUCUUCUUUGCUGGCGCAUGAUGCUAAACCGCUGGAAGGUCACAGCAAGGACAAAGAACCUGCAGGCGAGGUACAAACUUCUUCGAAGCGACUUCUUGCCAAAGUCAAGCGGACCGUGACGAGAUCUGGAGAGGAAGAUCAAGAGACUGAGCAUUCCGAUGCCGUGUUCUCCGACAGGUGGAAAGACAGAAUCCACUUUGAUCUUCCAGAGAAUGUGUCUCAAGCUGCUGCACUCACGAAAGCUAGAAUAACGCAGCUGGACCUGGCCAGACCCAUCAAGAGUGCCCUUAGGCGCAGGGCGGGUAUGGAUGGCCGGAUUCUAAAGAUGGAAAAAAUGCUGGUCCGAAUCGACGUUACAGUUGAGAAAACAUUACCCGAGGACUACGACGAAAAUGGGAGCCAGGGCAUAGUUACCCGUACACUUGAAAAGUGGCGCGAAUUCAUGGUCGUUUGCCGUCAGUCUCGUGAGGAUCUGGAGGAAGACUUCGUGCUGCAGAUCUGGAAGACAAGAGUCAUCCCUGCGAUUGAGAACAAAUCUAGUCGGAAGAAGGCGACUCGGGAGCUACCAUUGAAUCGCAACAAGACCCGCGUCAACCUCUACUCGUCUCUCGAUAAAUCAGUUGUACUUUGGGUACCAGCUCCACAUGGAACGAGGAUCAUCAUCCUAAGGCCGAGCACUACGCAAAGUGGUAUAGAAUGGUUUACUUUUCUGAGAAGCAUACUUGGAUGGCAUAGGACUACGCAGCUUGUGGUCAAUAUUCCCGACAUGAGUGUCAGUCUGCGAAUCGAAAACCCUUUCCAAGAUCUUGAAGAUCACGAAAAUGAUGGCAGCCACGACGAAGCUGCGACUGGGAGGACUGGGACAAAGGGACAGGCAGUCGCUCAGCAAAUAAUCGAUCGAUGCUUAACCCAGCUCAAGGGCAUGCCCGAGUGGGAGGCCGUUGUUGAUUCUUGGGCCUCUCAACACCGCAUUGGGCUAGCAUGGAAACGUUACGAUCGGCUGGAGUGGAUAUUCGGCGUCAACGAACGGAAGAUGUACGGUACGAUUGCUCUAGCUCGGCACAUGGACCUCGAACUUCGGGCAAAAGAACAUUAUCCCACGCAUUGUAGGACUCGCAAAGGCAAGGUUUUGACUGAGCCUCCUGGCGUAGAGGGCUUUCUUGUUCGCUUGACCUCACAAAAGGGUAUUCACCAGCGCAUGGGCAAGCUCUUCUUCAAGCGGCUUUUCCUUCACACGCACGACCAGUUCCUCUUCUUUACAAGGCCGGCCGCCGCCGAUCCGCCCCCACCGCCAAAGAUGCCAGCGACUAUGGAUGCAAGAGUUCCUACCUCCGAGCAGAUUUCAGAGCAAAUACCGCUCAUAUAUGCAGUGAACCCGUACCCAGUUGACAAUGGUCAAAUUACAUGGCUGAAAGCAGGGCACAGCGGAACAACUGAGACACGUUGCCGCCAUGAUCAGGAUGCAUUAGACGAGCACAGGCGGAACAUUCAUAACUUAAGUGAGAGUGAGGGUUUUAUCAACCUUUGCGACGUGAGGAAGGUGCGAAACGUCAAGCGUGGGGCUGAUCAAGAUGAUGAACAGCUGAAUUCUGGCUCCGAUAUUGACUUCGAUGAAGAUGCUGAAGAUACCUGGGAGGAGGAUGGUACCACUGAUAACAUCGACGAUACAAGGACCUUUGAGCUUGCUUUAAACAAUGGGCUUGUCAUUCGACUACAAGCAUUUGAUAGGGAGACCAAGAAAGAAUGGAAGAAACGACUUCGCGCCUUGGUAAAGUACUGGAGAUAUCGCCAUAAAGCCGAUAUAGAACUCCUAAAAGCAGUCCGCAAACAGAAUCUCGAGGAGCUGCAGAUCGACGAAGAGACCGAAGCCAUGAUGGGUCAGUUCGCGAAGAAAUGGGAGGUGACCAGGAGUUUCGCAAGUUCUACGUUGCACAAUAUGUGUGGUAUAAGUUGCUGCCGCACAAUUCACAUGAAAGGAUUGUUGUACUUCAAACCUCGCCUGCAUAAACUCUUCACUGCCAUGCAGUGCGUGCUCAUCCCGGGUAAACUCAUCAUGUUUGAGACUCUGUCGCGCACACGAUCCGGCCACUCGCAGCCUACCAUCUCACACGAACGCAUCGAUGCUAUUGAUCUUAAAGAGUGCUACCUGUACUCGGGACUCCUUACCGAAAACGAUCUUCUGUAUCAGAACCGCACGUUCGACUCCAAUAACCCGGGACACAGCGCUUUGCCUAGAAUGUGGCUCGACGAUCAGUGGACGAGCAGGGACGAGGAUGUCAUGUGUUGCUUUGUGCUGUGGCGGCCGCUGAAUAAGGGCUGGUUUCGGAGCACAAGUGGAGAGAAAGGGACGAGGCUCAAGAGAGUUACGAAGUUAGGCGCAACUGGUAGGAGUUGCGUCUUCAGGGCGAGGAGCCGGGCCGAGAGAGACAAGUGGGUGUUGACAUUAGCCGCAGAAAUUGAGAGACUGAAGGGAGUAGAGGAUGUUAGGUUGGUGGAUUAAGGAGGCACUUGCCACGGAGCUGGAUGGUUUUGGGCGAAGUAUCUAUCCGCCUGCAUACACCUGUAUCAUCACCCUGUUUAAUUAUUUGAUCACCAAGAGCGCGCAGAGCAU